ACCCUAUCCAGACAUGAUAGAGUUAGUGGGAGAUCCCGGCCACUGAGAGUGGGCAGCCAAGAGUAAACAGGAGACGUGCUGUUGGAGUGCUAAGGAGAUUCAGCCAUCUGGAAGACCUGUGCUGUGCACGAAGGGCGGGGUACUUCUGAACAGAGCAAGGGAGAAAAGCCAGGGCAGGUGGGAAGGGGGCCCCUUGAAGUAGGAGGUGCUAACAGGGGAACUCCCCUGACUGGUGAGCCUCCACCCACUGCAGCUGCCCACUGGGCAAGGACACUUGAAGAUCAAAUCUGUUCUGACCUGGCAGCGGUUCCUAGCUGGGCAGAGCCCAACUUACCAUGAGGAUCCAGCAAUGCCUGCGAGAAGACGUCAUUCACUUUCCUCCGGCAGGAGCUGCCCGUUCGCCUGGCCAACAUCAUGAAAGAGAUCAACCUGCUUCCUGACCGAGUGCUGGGCACCCCAUCGGUGCAGCUGGUGCAGAGCUGGUAUGUCCAGAGUCUGCUGGACAUCAUGGAAUUCCUGGACAAAGACCCCGAGGACCACCGGACUCUAAGCCAGUUCACAGAUGCCCUGGUCACCAUCCGGAACCGGCACAAUGACGUGGUGCCCACCAUGGCACAGGGAGUGCUGGAGUACAAGGACACCUAUGGAGAUGACCCCGUCUCCAACCAGAACAUCCAGUACUUCCUGGACCGCUUCUACCUCAGCCGCAUCUCCAUCCGAAUGCUAAUCAAUCAACACACCCUCAUCUUUGAUGGCAGCACCAACCCAGCCCACCCCAAACACAUUGGCAGCAUCGAUCCCAACUGCAGCGUGUCUGAUGUGGUGAAAGACGCCUAUGACAUGGCUAAGCUCCUGUGUGACAAGUAUUACAUGGCUUCCCCUGACCUGGAGAUCCAGGAAGUCAAUGCCACCAACGCCAACCAGCCCAUUCACAUGGUCUAUGUCCCUUCCCACCUGUACCACAUGCUCUUUGAACUCUUUAAGAAUGCCAUGCGGGCCACUGUGGAAAGCCACGAGUCCAGCCUCACACUCCCCCCCAUCAAGAUUAUGGUGGCCCUCGGUGAAGAAGAUCUGUCCAUCAAAAUGAGUGACCGAGGCGGGGGUGUCCCCUUGAGGAAGAUCGAGAGGCUCUUCAGCUACAUGUACUCCACAGCUCCCACACCCCAGCCUGGCACUGGGGGUACCCCGCUGGCUGGCUUUGGGUACGGACUCCCCAUUUCCCGCCUCUACGCCAAGUACUUCCAGGGGGACUUGCAGCUUUUCUCUAUGGAGGGCUUUGGGACAGAUGCUGUCAUCUAUCUGAAGGCCCUGUCCACGGACUCAGUGGAGCGCCUGCCUGUCUACAACAAGUCUGCCUGGCGCCACUACCAGACCAUCCAGGAGGCCGGCGACUGGUGUGUGCCCAGCACAGAGCCCAAGAACACAUCGACGUAUCGGGUCAGCUAGGGGCCUUCCCUCCCUGGCACCUGUAGGAUGCUGCCACCUCUGAAUCCAGCCACCACAGGGACCUUCCCUAUCUAUCCCCUAGGGUACAAGGGGUGAAACUGGGUCUCCCUGAUGGCCAGAUCUGUCUUUGUAGAAAUCUCAGUGGCCCAACUGUGGUGGUCCCUAAGUGCCAAUAUGUCUCUGUGGAGAAACCCUAGGGGGUUUCCCUGGAACCCGGUUUCCAUAGUGAUGCUUGAGGGUUGGGGAUGGCUCUCCCUGAUGGGGUGGCCCAGAGACACUUCUCCCAAGAUCAGAACUGUCUGUUUUCUACUAGAAGCCCUGGUUCCCCCUCACUGCCUGCAUAGUCCUGGCCUUCCAAGUGGCUGCUCCGCUUGCCUUAUGCCCACACACUGUACAGGCACAUUUGGGCUGGGUUCUUUGUCAAUGUUAAGAAGGAUGGAGUGCCCUCAAGUCUGGAGAGGGACUGGGGGAAGAUAGGGUCCACCCUUGACUCUGAUCCUGCAGCCUCUAUCUCUACUCUGGAUGGUAUGAAGUUGCAAUUGGGAACUUGAGAGUAGGUAGCGAUUCUCACCCGGGGCCCACCGAGAGGGCAGGCCUAGGAGUAAGCUGCCCCCAAGGUGAUCUUAGCAAUGUUUCUGUUUAGCUGCUUCCUAAAGCCUUGCCCACCCAGCAUGUCCUCACGUGCACACCUCCCCUGCCCAGUCUACACCCACCCUAUGCUGCCUGAGCUUCAGACCCCACCCCACCCCUAUGCCCACUAUGUGUGCACAAGUGACUCACCCCUAGGACAGCCCUAUGUACAUAGCCAGUUUUGUAAUCUCAGAAGCCCUGCCCUUCCCCUCCACACACAGGGGUUAAAGCCGUGUGCCCUCCCAGUGGCUGGGAUGGUGACAGUGACAUCCACAGUAAACAGAUGAAAUGUGA